AACCCUGAAAAUAUAAGAAUCUUUCUUCCUUCUGUCGCGACAGUGUCUCACUCUUUCACCUCCAUCUCUGCAAUCCCCGUUGUCGGAGAAAAACCCGUCCGUGAAUCCAUUUUUGGAGCGAGCAUUGUGCACGCCUACCCUUGCCUGCAUCUUCCAUUGUGAAGAGCCAAGGAACAGGGUUGCAGUUUUCAUCCCGAUUUAGUGCUGAAAGAGGGCUUUGUCUCUCUAUAAGAAAGCAGUAUGCCGCACAGAACCCGACCCAUGACAGCACUCUUGGUGUUCACUGCACUAAAUACAGUUUUAUGUGCAACCAUUACUCCAGUCUAUGAUUUUGUUUGCUUUCUUCCGUACUGGGAAAGAAGGAGGGAAAGACGUCGCCAGCAACGUGAAGCUACUACAGCUAACAGUACAAAUUAGCCAUGACAGGAUUUAAUUGGAGAACCUUUCUGUAGAAUUUGUGAGUAUAAUUGUUGGAGGUCCGUGCAGUUGAAAAGAAACAGCAGACAGGAAGGAAGAAAAGACGAAAAAUAACAAAGCAAACUGCAUUUCCAUGUGAAAGCAUUCAAUUAAAAUCUUCCAUGGCGUUGAGGGAAACUUCCAUGUAGUUCCUCUUACUGCUUUUACCAUUUCCCUUGGGAUGUUUAUUAGGUGCAUGAUGAUUGUUCAUGAUCAGCAACCACUAUCGGUUCAUUAAUAUGACAGCAAGUUGGUGCCAUCUGCCAUUGUAGUUCUAGGGUUUCCCUUAUAUAUCAUGGCAACAUUCAAAUGCA